GCUGCUGUCCGGGUCGCGUCUGGCGCGCGCGGAGCGGUGUCCGUGCAGUGCGCUGGCUGUCCGGGAGAUGGCUUCUCCCCGCUCGCCCGCUGCUCCUGCCAUUGUCUCCGGGGUCGCCUGAUCGCGAGCCGGCGCGCGCUCCCGGCGCCCCCGGUCCAUCCCCGGCUGGUCCCCGCGCCCCCUCGCUCGGUGCGAAGCGGAGAGCCAAGCGGCGGGGAGGAGGCAGAGCGCGGCCACCGCACGCCGCGCCGGUGCCGGGGACACCCGGAGCCGCGGAGCCGCCCACGACGCCGGGCUCCGCAGAGCCCGCAGCCCGUGCAGGUGUCCAGACACCAUGCCCCAGGGCUCCAGGCCUGACACUGGCAGGAAGUAAAAGGCUUCCCUGUCUUUUGUGUUCCCAUCCUCACCAUGUCUUCGAAUCAGGGCAAUGGGGAACACUGGGAGUCCCUGGAGUCGGUGGGCAUCAGCCGCAAAGAGCUGGCCAUGGCCGAAGCCCUCCAAAUGGAGUAUGAUGCCCUGUCCCGGCUCCGGCAUGACAAGGAGGAGAGCCGGGCCAAGCAGAACACAGAGCCAUCCCUCAUCAGCUGGGAUGAACCUGCCUUGGACUUCUACAGCAAGCCAUCAGGAAGGCGGAAGGACCUCAAGCUCUUGCGUGGUCUCUCUGGCUCGGAUCCUACCCUCAAUUACAACUCCAUCUCCCCACAGGAAGAGCCACCCAACCACUCUACCUCCCAGGGCUCCCAGCCUGGCCCAGGGCCCUGGCCCAAAAGUUCCCUGUCUGGAGAUUAUCUCUACAUUUUUGAUGGUUCAGAUGAGGGACUUUCUUUGUCCCCCGGACCAGGGGACAAAGAUGGCUCUUGUAAGAAACUAUCCCCACCUCCUUUGCCUCCGAGAGUCUCUAUCUGGGAUACCCCUCCCCUUCCUCCCAGAAAAGGCUCUCCCUCGUCAUCCUCUAAAAGCUCUCAGCCCAAUGACAUCAACACUUUUUCUCUAGUCGAACCACUUCCGGGCAAAAUUUUGGAGCAGCAGAUCCUAGAAGAGGGAGAGCUGCGGGGGGAUGGGGGUCAGGGGCACCUGCUAGGGUCUAGGGACUAUGAUGGCAUCAGCGAUGCAAUUACAAGGCUCAACCUGAAGUCCACCUAUGAUGCGGAGAUGAUGUGGGAUGCCACCCGGGGCUGGAAGGAAGGCCGGGGACCGCUGGAUUUCAGCAAAGACACCCCUGGGAAACCUGUGGCUCGGAGCAAGACCAUGCCCCCUCAGGUGCCCCCACGAACCUAUGCCUCCCGCUAUGCCAACAAAAAGAAUAUGACUCCUGGCAAGAACCGCCGGAUUUCAGCUGCUCCAGUGGGUUCCCGGCCUCACACUGUCAUCCAUAGCCAUGAGUUGUUUGAGGUCUCAGAAGAGCGAGAUGAAGAAGUUGCUGCAUUUUGCCACAUGCUGGAUAUCCUUCGACUGGGCUGUGACAUCCAGGACUACUCCCUCACCGGCUAUGUCUGGAGUGCUGUCACCCCGAGCCCAGAGCACCUUGGCGAUGAGGUCAACCUGAAGGUCACUGUGCUGUGUGAUAGCAUUCGGGAGCCUCUCACUUUUACCUGCAAUUGUUCCUCCACUGUCGACCUGCUCAUCUACCAGACCCUGUGCUACACCCAUGACGAACUGAGGGGAGUGGACGUGGGGGACUUUGUGCUCAAGCCCUGUGGGCUGGAGGAGUUUCUACAGAACAAGCAUGCCUUGGGCAGCCAUGAGUAUAUCCAAUAUUGCCGCAAGUUUGACGUUGACAUCCGACUACAGCUGAUGGAGCAGAAGGCUGUGCGCAGUGACCUAGCCAGGACGGUGAAUGAUGAUCAGAGCCCCUCCACCUUGAACUACCUCAUCCAUCUGCAAGAGAGGCCAGUCAAGCAGACCAUCAGCAGGCAGGCCCUGAGUCUUCUGUUCGACACUUACCACAAUGAGGUGGAUGCCUUUCUUCUGGCUGAUGAGGACUUCCCGCUGAAGGCGGACAGGGUGGUCCAGUCUGUGAAGGCCAUCUGCAAUGCCCUUGCUGCAGUGGAAACCCCAGAGAUCACCAGCGCUCUCAACCAGCUGCCCCCCUGCCCCUCGCGCAUGCAGCCUAAAAUCCAGAAGGAUCCCAGCGUCUUGGCUGUGAGGAAAAACCGAGAGAAGGUUGUGGAAGCCCUGACGGCAGCCAUCUUGGACCUGGUGGAGCUGUACUGCAACACGUUCAAUGCAGACUUCCAGACGGCAGUGCCCGGAAGCCGCAAGCAUGAUCUGGUCCAGGAGGCCUGCCAUUUCUCAGGGGCCCUGGCCUUCACCAUCUACGCCACCCACCGCAUCCCCAUCAUUUGGGCUACCAGCUAUGAAGAAUUCUACCUCUCCUGCUCUCUUAGCCAUGGUGGCAAGGAGCUGUGCAGCCCCCUCCAGACCCGAAGGGCUCAUUUCUCCAAGUACCUGUUCCACCUCAUCAUCUGGGAUCAGCAGAUCUGCUUCCCCGUGCAGGUGAACCGGCUGCCCCGGGAGACGCUUCUGUGUGCCACUCUCUACGCUCUGCCCAUCCCUCCCCCCGGGAGCUCCUCCGAGGCCAAUAAGCAGCGGAGGGUGCCCGAAGCCCUGGGCUGGGUCACAACGCCACUCUUCAACUUCAGGCAAGUCCUGACCUGUGGCCGGAAGCUCCUAGGCUUAUGGCCAGCCACACAAGAAAACCCCAGGGCCCGAUGGAGUGCUCCUAAUUUCCACCAGCCAGACAGUGUCAUCCUGCAGAUUGACUUCCCCACCUCAGCCUUUGACAUCAAAUUCACCAGCCCUUCUGGAGACAAGUUCAGCCCCCGCUAUGAGUUCGGCAGCCUCCAGGAAGAAGACCAGCGCAAGCUUAAAGACAUCAUGCAGAAGGAGUCCCUGUACUGGCUCACUGAUGCUGACAAGAAGCGUCUGUGGGAGAAGCGAUAUUACUGCCAUUCGGAGGUGAGCUCGCUCCCUCUGGUGCUCGCCAGUGCCCCCAGCUGGGAGUGGGCUUGCCUGCCCGACAUCUAUGCCCUCCUGAAGCAGUGGUCACACAUGAACCACCAGGAUGCCCUUGGACUCCUGCAUGCCACCUUCCCAGACCAGGAGGUGCGGCGGAUGGCUGUGCAGUGGAUUGGCUCACUCUCGGAUGCCGAGCUGCUUGACUACUUGCCCCAGCUGGUGCAGGCACUUAAGUAUGAGUGCUACCUGGACAGCCCCCUGGUACGCUUCCUCCUGAAGCGAGCCGUCUCCGACCUGAGAGUGACCCACUACUUCUUCUGGUUGCUGAAGGAUGGCCUGAAGGACUCUCAGUUCAGCAUCCGCUACCAGUACCUGCUGGCAGCCCUGCUGUGUUGCUGUGGCAAAGGGCUGAGGGAGGAGUUUAAUCGCCAGUGCUGGCUUGUCAACUCUCUGGCUAAACUGGCCCAGCAGGUCCGCGAGGCCACCCCUUCUGCACGUCAGGGCAUCCUCCGCACGGGCCUGGAGGAGGUGAAACAGUUUUUUGUCCUCAAUGGCUCCUGUCGCUUGCCACUCAGCCCCAGUCUGCUGGUGAAGGGCAUCGUACCCAGGGACUGUUCCUACUUCAACUCCAACGCAGUCCCCCUCAAGCUCGCCUUCCAGAACGUGGAUCCGCUGGGUGAGCACAUCCGGGUCAUCUUCAAGUGCGGGGACGACCUUCGCCAGGACAUGCUCACUCUGCAAAUGAUUCGAAUCAUGAACAAGAUCUGGGUCCAGGAGGGGCUGGAUAUGCGCAUGGUCAUCUUCCGUUGCUUCUCCACUGGCCGGGGGAGAGGGAUGGUAGAGAUGAUCCCCAAUGCUGAGACCCUGCGCAAGAUCCAGGUGGAGCAUGGAGUGACAGGCUCCUUCAAGGACCGGCCCCUGGCCGACUGGCUGCAGAAGCACAACCCCGGGGAGGAUGAGUAUGAGAAGGCUGUAGAGAACUUCAUCUACUCCUGUGCCGGCUGUUGUGUGGCCACAUAUGUCUUGGGCAUCUGUGACCGACAUAAUGACAACAUUAUGCUGAAGACCACUGGCCACAUGUUCCACAUAGAUUUUGGCCGUUUCCUGGGUCAUGCCCAGAUGUUUGGCAACAUCAAGAGGGACCGUGCUCCGUUUGUCUUCACCUCGGACAUGGCAUAUGUCAUCAACGGGGGUGACAAGCCUUCCAGCCGCUUCCAUGAUUUCGUUGACCUUUGCUGCCAAGCUUACAACCUCAUCCGCAAGCACACCCACCUGUUCCUCAACCUUCUGGGCCUGAUGUUGUCCUGUGGAAUCCCUGAGCUCUCGGACCUGGAGGACCUCAAGUAUGUGUAUGAUGCCCUGAGACCCCAGGACACAGAGGCCAAUGCCACCACCUAUUUCACUAGGUUGAUUGAAUCCAGCCUGGGCAGCGUAGCCACCAAGCUCAACUUUUUCAUCCAUAACCUGGCUCAGAUGAAGUUCACAGGCUCCGAUGACAGGCUGACCCUUUCCUUUGCCCCCCGAACGCACACUCUCAAGAGCUCAGGGCAAAUCAGUGAUGUGUUCCUCUGCCGUCACGAGAAGAUCUUUCACCCUAACAAGGGCUAUAUAUACAUAGUUAAGGUGAUGCGAGAGAACUCUCACGAAGCUACUUACAUCCAGCGGACGUUUGAGGAGUUCCAGGAAUUGCACAAUAAACUGCGGCUGCUCUUCCCUUCUUCCCUCUUGCCCAGCUUCCCUAGUCGCUUUGUGAUUGGCCGCUCUCGGGGAGAGGCUGUGGCGGAGCGUCGGAGGGAGGAACUGAACGGCUACAUCUGGCACCUGAUCCACGCAGCCCCUGAGGUGGCCCAGUGUGAUUUGGUGUAUACCUUUUUCCACCCCCUGCCUCGGGAUGAGAAGGCUGCAGGCACCAGCCCAGCUCCUAAGUGCUCAGAUGGCACAUGGGCCCGGCCUGUGGGGAAGGUGGGAGGGGAGGUGAAGCUGUCCAUCUCCUACAAAAAUAAUAAACUCUUCAUCAUGGUGAUGCACAUUCGGGGCUUGCAACUGCUCCAGGACGGAAAUGACCCUGACCCCUACGUGAAGAUUUAUCUCCUUCCUGACCCUCAGAAAACCACGAAGAGGAAAACCAAAGUGGCCCGGAAGACCUGCAACCCCACCUACAAUGAGAUGUUGGUGUAUGAUGGCAUCCCCAAGGGUGACCUGCAGCAGCGCCAGCUCCAGCUGAGCGUGCUGAGCGAGCAAGGAUUCUGGGAAAAUGUGCUUCUGGGAGAGGUGCAUAUUCGCCUGCGCGAGCUGGACCUGACCCAGGAGAAGACCAGCUGGUUUGCCUUGGGGUCUCGAAGUCAUGGGACCUUGUGAGCCCAACAGAGCUACAGCCCAGAACGCCAAGAGCUAGGGGAGAGGACUUCCCUGCUGGGCUGGGACCCUGCACAGCCUCCCUGUUGGUCCCCGUGGACCUGGCUGCUGGUCCGGCUGCCUCCAUCACCCCUCCCACCGCACACUGAAGCGCGGGUGGGUUGUGCUGCACAGCCCCUUGGAAGCCGUGGUGUUGCAGCCGAGUUUUAUAAGAAGUUUACCUUGUGUCAAGGGAGCAAUGCCUGGAUUGGGGGAGGUGGUGGGGUGUGUGUGUGCGUGGGAAUAGCUUUUGUGGGGGAGGGGAGGGUGGAUAUCUUUAUUUUUUAUUUUUAAAAAAUGAGAUAGUAAUGUUGUCCCGAAGUGGGACAGGAAGCCUUGCAAGAAGGGACAUGCAUAUGCCUCCAAAGGCAAACGAGGAAGACUGGGACUUGGUUUUUCUUUUUGUUGUUUUCUAUGAUUGAAGGUUCUUAAUGGACUUUUUCUCUAGGAUAUUUUGGUUUUGGUUUUCUAGCUAUAGGAAUUAUCGGGGAGGGGCUCAGGGGAUCCUUCCCUCUCUAGGGCAGGCUUGGGAGGGACAGGAAGGGCUUCCUGUACUGGACUGAAGCCCCUACCACUGGGCCCUUCUGAUUUUGCCUCCAAAGGAGAGCGCCAUGAUACCUACCUAUAUAAGGAAGGGCCUUCUGCCAAGGACAUGUAUUCAGGGACCCAUGCUCUUUAGGGGAGGAGUGUUUCCUCUUUCUAAUGCUCUGUUAGGACUUGGCCUGAAUACCUUCUCCCCUCACCCCUGGGGUCUGUCAGCCCCCUGUGGGGCCUUCUGGUCCAUGGGUGUACGCUGGGGGACGUUUUCCCCCCUUAGCUUUUUCUGGUGGGACAAAAUGCUAACCCCCACCCUUAGAUUUAGUUUCACCCAGGGCCUGUAGGCAACAGAUGCCAGUGUGACUGCCUGCUGAUAGUUUCUGGAAAGUUCCAUAUCUCCCACCACCGCUUUCUGUUGUGCUGCUUUUCUCUCCCCAAACUCUAUUCCUGUCCCAUGUUCCCCCCCCCCUAAGAAUUUCCCUCCUUCUGUGGGGCCAGAAGCCAGUUUAGCCUGGAGCCAAAGAGAUGCCUGGUCUAGAGCAGAGAGGGUCCUGGAGCAGGAGGAUUCCAGCAGUGUUUUGCUGUCAAAUCUCUUCCCAAAUCUGGGAGGGGGGUGGGGAAGGGGGCGGGGGAGGAGAGAUUGGAUUAGGAGCCUGGAUUGUUUCUCUGUGGCUGAGCUCAGGCCCUGGAAGGGAAGAACUGAACUCUUUACUCUUCCUAGUCUGUAUUCCCUAUCGGGUGAAUUUAAAAUUCAUUUUGCGUUUCUAUCCAAAGGGUUGAAUUCCUUAAAAAAAAAAAAAAAAAAGAGGAGGAAGAGUUUGAAUUUGAUGAUAAUUUUUGUAACCUGACUUGGCCAGAUGUGCCCCACGACUUGGGAAAGGUGUUAAUGAGAGGAGAGGACAUGCCAUAAACAGACCCUCAACAGCUUCCUCCAAGCAAGGGUCAGAAAUUCCCCCAUUUUGCUGAUUCAUUCCAUUACUGGAGGAAGAAGCUCUAUCUCUUGAAGCCACAGGGCAGCAAGGAAGUUUACUUUUUCUUUUAAAUGAAAAUGGCAGCCGAAUAUGGGCGGUGCAUGCCUGUAAUCCCAGCCCCAGCUACUCCUGAGACUGUAGGUGGAGGGAGAAGGUGGAAUGCUUUGGGCCAGCCAAGGGAAAUAUAUAGUGAGACUCUUAGCUCAAAAAUGAGAGAACAAAAGGGAUGGGAGCAUACAUAGCUCAAGUAGUAGAGUGUUUGCUUAGUAGUAUAGACAAGGCCCUGGAUUUGAUUCCCCAUACUGGAAAAUAAAAAUAAAAAUGCCAAGGACAAAGCAGGCUGCUGAGAGGAGGGACCUGGGAGAGUAGGGGAAGGAAAAGAGUGCACCCUUCCCAGAUGUUUGGACCAUAGAUGUGUUACUGGCUUUGGCCUGUAGCUCAUUUGAUUCUGACCUUCUGUGUCCCUUAAUUUAAAGAGGUCUGUGUACUGUACCCACUUCCCAGACCCUUUGUAUCUUCUACUUUCUCCGAAUUGUAUUUUCUAAUAAAUGACAUUUGACAA